CUCCUCCUAGCGAUGAUUCACGGUGGCGUAUGAUUUGAGCCAAACGGCUUUCCGUAGUUUAAACAUUAAUCACGUGUUAUUGGCAGGAAGAGGAAACAAUAGGUUAGCAGUCGCCGGAGUUUCUCUCCUGUGUCUGCAGCUGCUGUAUGAAACAAGUUCUGGCAGCAGACUGGUGGUCAUUUUUUUUUUAUUGAUUUGUAAUCUGAAAUGUGUUACAAUGCGUUAUUCUCUUAGCGCUGGUGAUGUUUCCGGGCAGCUGAUAGAGAGAUCUGUGUGGGAUGGAAAAGCAGGCUGAUAUCUGAUCUGCUCCCAGUCUGCCUCUCUGUACUUUGACACAAUGCCAUGGGGAACUGCUGGACUCAGUGCACUGGGAUAUUCUGGAGAGAGGCGAACAGGAUCCAGAGAGGAGGAGGGUCUAAAUACUUUAGAAGUAGCACAACUGGAGAACAUUAUACAAUAGAGUUUGAGAAUCUUGUGGAGAGUGAUGAGGGUGAGAGUUCACAAAGUUGUGCCAGGCCCAUCAGUGAGGAGGAGAUUGGCCAUCUGAAGGAACUGCGCUAUGCUGCUAUUGCCGAUACGCAGACACUGAUCGAUGAGAAGCUGAAUGCUGAGUUAGUGGCACAAGAGGAGAAGUUAAGGCUAGAAGAGGAGGCUAUAGUCGCAGCUCAGCGUGAGGCUGCGAGGCUCGCAAAGGAGCGAAAGCUAAAGGAGCAGCUUGCACAGAAGAAAACCGAGAAAGAGGGCAGCAGCUCACAUCGCAAACAGCCAUCAGGUGGAGAGUUUGAAGCGUACCUGCAGAGUGUGAAGGCUCAGUCAGAGGCAUUCCGCAGUAGUCGACUCUCCUCUGAGACAAAUCUAGUGACUCCUAACACAGAGAGCAGCUGGGACUUCACCUGCAGAACUCGCUCCACUAAUGAUGAUGCCACCUCGCUUGAUCUUGAGUGGGAGGAUGAGGAGGGUAUGAAUCGGACAGGUGCGACAUGGGAGCGCUCUAAGACAGAGGAGGACAUCCUGCGAGCUGCACUCCGUCCUGCCGGUAAAAAGUUGGGCAGUGGGCCAGCCUCUGCUUCAGAGGACUCCAACGCUCUUGAGUGGGAGAACGACUUUGUCAGUGCACAUGCUGAAGACAGUAGUGAGCAGUGUGAUGAUGAUGAAUUCGAGGGAUUUGUUAAUCCAGUACUGGACACUCCAUCUGAGGCAGAGCCUAAUGCUGACCAGCAGGACAGAUAAUCCCAGAUAAUCACUUGACUAGCUCCACUCUAUGUACAUUUUUAAUUUAGCCUUAUUUAAGAUAAAUUUGAAUCAAGUGCAAUUUUUAAAAUUCUGGGCUGUUGCAGAAAAGUUUUGAGGUUAUCAUUUAGUCAUAACAAUCCACUCAACUUUUUCUUUUCUUUUUCGUCUUUUUUUUGGCUUCAUCUUUACAGAACGAGAUCAUGACCACAGUGGUAUACUAGGCCUACCUCAUUAGAAUCAAAGAGGGGUACAUAAAUGCUAAAUGUUGUAUUUUUUUGUAGCGUGCUUAAGAAAAGUGGUGCUUGAUAUCCCCGUCAUCCACUCAGCACCAAGCUGUCUUUUACACAUUUCAGCAACGUGGAACCUGUAGGCUGAAGUGCAUAGAAAUGCAUUUAGGGGGAAAGUUCUUCCUGUGUCCAUUAUCUCCGUUCAUCAACCCUCAUGUUGAUCUACAAAUCUUGUAUGGCUAAAAAUACUUCUAUUUGCAACUUCUAAAAAUUCCUCAUGAACACCCUGUCUGUGAAAAUGUAAUGCAUACACAAGUGCUUUUAAAGUGUGAAAUAUACACAGGCAACACCUUGAAUUGUCUUUAUACCAAAUUAUGACUGAAAAAUACAUGUUUUGGUCCUAUUAGUAGUUCCAUGCCCUAUACUACGAAUGAUUUAAAUAAAAUGUUCUAUUUUAAAAUAUAUUUACAAGUCAAAAUGCACUAUCUUUGAUCACUUGAUGACAAACAACUGCCAUUUCAGAUAUCUCUACCAAAACUAUCUACACAUGUAAGGUGAAACGUGUAAUGCAAUCCUAUUGGGCCUUUAUAGCGACUCAAAUUAAUCGAAUGUAUUAAGUGUGUUAAGAAAGGUGUCUGUUGUUUGACUCAAUCUUAUGAAUACACAAUACCCUUUUCAUGUUUAAAAAUGAACAUUUAUUUAACAAAAAAAAAUGUUUAAACAAUGUUGUGCCUAAUUGUGACACUAGCUUACCACACAGGACCCACCCUUGGGUUAGUGGUGGAUUUUGAGCUUUAAUUGUUUGGUUGGGGUUUUUUUAAUGAAAGGUUUGGAAUGACUGUAACUAAGCCUUUACCAUAGUUGAUUUUUUAAAUAGUCAUUACCACUGGUUUGUGUAAAUAGAAUGCAUUCAAAUCUUUUUUUGUAGCAUUCCAAACAUUAACUCUUAAAUGUGAAGAACUUAUGGAAUUGCACAUUUUUGUUCAUCUACAUAAGGGUUGUUGUGAAUAAAGGAGCACAUUUUAUAUCCA